AUGUUGAUAAAUCUUAGAGAAUGGAAAGAAGUUGCAAACAGGAUCAUCAUGAAAAAUAACAAACCAGUUAGUUAUUCUAAAGAUCUGGUUUCAGGAUGGGGCACGUUUCAUAGCAAGCUUCAUCCAAAAGUUGUUCUUCAUUUUUCUUGUUCUUAUGGUAGGAAAAACUUGGGCUCAGACUUUUUCCCAAAAUUAUCGGAAUUGUAUGAUGUAAAAGACAUAUCUGUUUUCAAUAUCAGAAACAAUUACUUCAUAGCUUCUGAAUAUGCAGGUGGAAAGCUAGCUAUUAAGCCCAAAUUAGGCAAAAAUGCUGAAACGGCUCUCUUUCUUUGUGAUAUGCCUGGAGUAGUUAUUAAUAGUUUUUAUUUUAGGGGACCUCUUUCUUCCCAAGAAACAGAAACACUAGAUAGGUUAUCUGACACUAAAUGCUUAAUAUUAAUCGCUGGUGGAGAUGUACCUUGUAUAAACUUGGCCCAUAAUGUUACCAGUAUAUUUAACAAAGAUGGUUCUCUUCUUAUGGCAGGAGGUAUUGCUCAGAGAGCUGUGAGAUCACAUCCACUUUUACCAAGUUGUGUUACUAAAUAUGCUGUAUUAGGCAUUACCUUUCAUGGAGAAAAUCUUACAGCUCAUCUUGGCCUUCACCAGCUUUCAAGAAAUCUUCAAAACUUCAUGGAAGCAUUUUCGAAAGAAGUGGGACCUCUACCUGAAGGGAGUGUUCGAAUAGCAUUCAUGUUUUCUUGUAUCAACAGAAUCAAGAUGUUGAAAGAUAAGGAAACAUUAAUUUUUUCAAAAUGUUUUCCUAAUGUGCCUGUUUAUGGAUUCUGGAGUUAUGGCGAGUUUGCAGUAAUUAGAAAAAAACCUUCAGAACCAUCUCCUAGUAAGAAAGCUAAAUUGACUGACUGGCUGCAUGAAGAAUGUACGUCUUAUUUAAUUUUAACCUUUAAAAAAGAUUCUUAAGAACUUCAAAAAUAAUAUAUUUUUUGUUUUCUAAUUGUAAUUGAUUAAGUUAAAACUUAAUUACUCUUGGAAAGUAAUUUAAUAGCAAUUUUUAUUGCUAAUAUACUGUAUAUUUCUACCUCAAUAAAUAUCUAAUUUUGUUUUGAGGUAAAUUUUGUUCUGAAUUGAAAUAGUAGAUAAUAGGUAUCUACUGCCUUAAAAUGUAUUUUUAUUUUUUAAUACAGAUUGAUUUUUACAAAUAUUA